GCGGGAUCGGGAGCGGGAUCGGGAUGGGGGACACGCUGGAGGAGCCCUGGUGGGAGACGCCGUCCGGAGCAGGCAGCAGCCCAGGUUUUUCCUUGCAUCUUCCCUUUUCACCUGCACACCCCGUCUCGCUAGUCUAUAUAAAAAUUGCUUGGAUUUUUGUCCUCCCACAUGAAACAAUUGUGGUAGACCAUACACAGCUUUGAAGAGAGAACUGCAAAAGCUGAAUCCCCAUAGUAGAUGAGCAAAGUCUGUUCUCACAUAAAACAAAUCAGUUCUUGAUACUGCAGCUGAGUAAAGAGGAGCAUACAUGGAUCCAACUCUACCAAAAUCGGAGGAGUUAUUUUGCUAGAAGCCUAAGAUCCUUCAGAUGAUGAACCUAUUGAGAAAAUGGGUGAUAACAGGACAACAACAAAUCAAGAUUCCAAGCCUGCUGUGAAAAAGAAAAGAAAGCAGCCUACAGAGUGUUUUCUAAGUCAGCCUGAAGAAAAACAAGAGAGCACUGUAAAGGCAAAGAGGAGAAAGAAGAAGAAAAUUUCUGAUAUUCUGGAGAAAUCCGCUCCAAAACCUGGUGUCCCUGCAGAUCUACAAAAUCUGCUUAGCCAAUAUUUUGCUGAAAACCGUUCAGUGAUUGAAAUAGAGGAAUUAAAACUGUCAGAUUCCUGUUUUUUGCCAGCCAAUGAUCUCACCCACAGUUUUUCUUCAUACCUGAAGGAAAUCUGUCCUAAGUGGGCAAAACUCCGUAAAAACCACAAGGAGAAGAAGUCGGUGGUGAUGCUUGUUAUCUGCAGUUCUGCCCUUCGUUCCUUGGAACUCAUCAAGUCAAUGACAGCAUUUAAAGGAGACUGCAGAGUUCUCAAGCUGUUUGCAAAGCACAUAAAGAUAAAAGAACAGAUGAAUAUGUUGGAGAAAGGUGUGUUCCACAUUGGGGUUGGAACUCCUGGGAGAGUAAAAGCACUAGUGGAGCAAGAUGGCUUGUGCUUGAACUCCACAAAAUACAUGAUUCUCGAUUGGAACUGGAGAGAUCAGAAACUAAGGAGAAUGAUGGAUAUCCCUGAGAUAAAGAAAGAAACAAUUGACCUUCUGGAGAUGUGUAUUAUAAAGCUGUGCAGAGAAGGGUCUGUGAAGCUGGGACUCUUUUAAUAGUCUUACCAACAAGGAAGUCGUUUGCAGCUGCGUUUUACUGUUAUCCUGUCUGCAAUUGGCAAGCAGUGAACGAGUGAUGGAAUUAAGAAUUUUUACUUUUCAGAGGUCUCUCGGUACAGAAAGAAUGCACAUUGCAACUUUUUUGGAGUUCUCUUUUAAUAAUAAAACAGAAGUUUUGUUUGUACUUUUGCUAUGCUUUUUAUUGCACGAGCAAUGUGAUAUUGAAAUUAGAGAUAUAUAGCAUUCAACUGCUAGAUUCACUGCUGUGUCUUUACUUUUCUCAUGAGACUUACAAUCUAGUUUUUGCCUUAGAGGAUCUUUGAAAAUGUUGCAUGAAUAUCACUAAUUUGUCAAAGCAGUAUCUUUUUUUCUGUUCUAGAGCUGGCCAAAUGCUGCAUUUUUGCUGUUACAUGAAAAAUUAUCUGUAUUUUGAGACUUAUUUUAGUCAGACUGUUGAAGUGUGCAAAAAAUAUUCCUCUGUUUGUCCAUUUAAAUUAAAAGGCAAUGAUUUCUGGCUGA